AUGAAGAACUUUCAUGAGAAAAACCAGUCCCUCCAAUUUCAUGCCGGUCCAGAAAACGGGGACCAUAAGAAUAACCUACGUUCAGAAGACGACACAGAAAAAGAACACCACCAUGAUCUCUAUCACCAACCUCCUCCUCUUCCCAGGAUGAAGACGAUGGUCAACAACACGUGCCAGUUUAAGCGGCGGCCCAUCAAGUACCGCUCUUUGAAACAAAUCCUCAGCACCAGACCACCACCUCCUCCUCCUCCUCCUUCUUCUUUUUCUUCUUGUUCAUAUGAGUACUCGAAUGGCGAAGAGGAAGACGAAGACGAGGGUGUGGUGAAGGCGUCAGAUAGAAUUGAUCUGGCGGCAUUCGCGUUCAAGUGGGGAAGGACUGAUCGGAGAGAGCGUGAAAGUUUGGUUGCGGACAAAACCCAUGAGUUUUCAGUGGAGAAUUAUAACAGAGUGGUUCAUGAGCCUGCGGUCGGGUACAAAUGCGGAGCUUCUUUGAAGAAACUUCUGUAUGGUAUGUAUGGAAGGGAGGCUGCUGCCAUGGAAGACGAUGAGAAUGAUGACGCGACUAGUCGUCCCCAAAAUGAACUAAACUUCAGUGAAGAGUUAGAGAGGUUCAAACAAUCUGUGGAAGAAAUGAGGGAUGAGAAAUGGUGGAAGGAGGGAGACGAAGAAAUGAAUGUGAUUCUACGAAAAAGGAAAAACUUGAAAACAUAA